CUUCUGUUCUCCAGUGAAAAUGGUGCAGUACAUCGUGACCGUGUACACAGGCCGCCGCUUACUUGCUAAUACAGUCAACAGUGCCUACAUUAAACUGGUGGGCACAGAGGGGGAGAGUCACCGCAAGCUGCUCAAUAAUGAAGAUUUUGCAUCCUUCCGUGUAGGAUGGCCAUCUACAUUUGUUGUGACCUCCCAUAAGCCACUUGGAAAAGUGGUACUGAUAGAACUAGAGAAACGCCAUCUUAUUUUGGGAGACCCUUGGCUUGUUGACAAGGUGGAAGUGCAGUCCACUGAAGGAGAAACCUACAAGUUUCCCAUCUACAGCUGGCUCAGUGACAGCUUUGUCCAUCGAUUCAGAGAGGGAACAGCUCUGAGAGACUGUGAUGAUGACCAUCUUCUUGGCAAGUACUCCAGGCAGCAGGAGCUGAGAGAACAAAACCAGACAUAUCAAUGGAAUGAAGACAGUAUUCCCCACUGCAUGCAAGCAGAAAAUCCAAUAAAUCCUUUGUCUCUGCCUCGUGACGACCAGUUCUCCUUUACUAAGGGUGCAGAAUUUCUCUUCACAGCAGCUGCUGGGCUGGCAGAGCUGAAACUGACUGGACUGGAAGAUUGCAAAGAGAACUGGAAGUCAUUUGAUGAUAUUAAGAAAGUGUUUCCCAAGAGAAAAACUGAAUUUUCAGAGUACACCCAGGAUCACUGGGAGGAGGAUGAGUUUUUCGGGUACCAGUACCUAAAUGGAGUUAACCCCAUGAUGAUUGAACUCUGCACAACCCUGCCAGACAACUUCCCUGUCACUGAUUGCAUGGUCUUCCCUGAUGGUAAAACUACCUUGGAAAAUGAAAUGAAGAACGGCAACAUCUUCCUGGUCAACUACAAGAAUUUGGAUGGAAUACCGGCCAAUGUCAUCAAUGGGAAGCAGCAGUAUCUGAUGGCUCCUCUGGUCCUCUUCCACAAAACACCUGAAAACAAACUGAUGCCAGUUGCCAUUCAGCUGAAACAGCAACCAGCUGAAGACAACCAAAUCUUUCUUCCUACUGAUAAUAAGUACGACUGGAUGUUGGCCAAGCUUUUUGUGAGAAGUGCAGAUUUCAGUGAACAUCAGCUCAACUUUCACCUGCUGCGUACUCACCUGAUGGCUGAAGUUUUUACGAUGGCAAUGCUGCGUAACCUGCCCAUGGUGCAUCCUCUAUACAAGCUCCUCAGUCCUCACACUCGCUACACCCUGCAGAUCAACUUCUUAGCUCGAAUUCGCCUUAUAUCCCCGCAAGGAGUUUUCACACAGUUCGCAGCCUCUGGUGGAAAGGGUAUGAUUCCAUUCCUGGUCAAGUCACUGUCCUCCAUUACCUACGACUCCCUCUGCAUCAAAAAGGACAUUGCUCAGCGAGGGAUGCAGAACAUUACCAACUUCUACUACAGGGAUGAUGGAUGUGACCUCUGGGAUAUCCUUGAAAGGUUUGUGAAUGGACUGCUCAGUCAUUACUACAAGACUGACGCUGAGGUGGUGGAAGACUCUGAACUGCAGAAGUGGAUUCAGGACAUUUAUGAACAUGGUUUCUUUUCUCAAGAGACCACAGGAAUUCCUCAGAGAUUUACCACUGUGGCUGAGUUGGUCAGGUUUGCCACCAUGGCCAUUUUUACUUGCUCCUGUCAGCAUGCAGCUGUGAACGGUGGACAGUUUGACUACGGUGGCUGGAUGCCCAACACUCCCCUCACUCUGCAACUUCCUCCACCCACCACUAAGGGGAAAGCCAAUGAGGACACGGUACUGAAGACCCUCCCUGAUGUCAACGCAACUGCACAGGGCAUUGCCACUGUUUGGCUUCUCAGCAAACAGUCCUCUGACUUUGUCCCUCUUGGCCAAUACCCAGAGGAACAUUUCACUGAGGAGAAACCCAGAGAGAUGAUCAAGAAAUUUCAGAGCGACCUUCAAGCACUAAGUGUAAAGAUCAACAACAGAAACGAGAAGUUGGAAAUUCCAUACACAUACUUGGAUCCAAAGAAUGUAGAAAACAGUGUGUCCAUUUAAAUGUCAUAAAUGUGAAGAUUUCAAAUGGAAACUGUCACAAAACCAUCUUACAUAAAUCAAAUAUAGCCAAUUGUCAUCACAUCCAAGAUGUUAUAAACUAUAAUUCAGCAACUCUGU